CCGUUAAGCCACGCCCCCUCAGGGCUCUUGUGUUGUUCUAAUUGCCCUUCUCCUCACUUACUCCGUUUCUGUGUAUCAAAGCCGCUCAUGUUUCUAUUCAGAGUAAAAGGAGACAAGACAAGAGAUCCGUAUGAGAGAAAGUAAAAAACCAAAGGAAAGUGUUGAGAAAGCUUCAGAGUCUUACAGUGUGUGGGGUUUUGGUCAGGAUGCGGCCGGCUCUGUUCCUCUGUCCCGUCCUGAUCUCUCUGUUAUUUCUUCUGUCUGGACUGACCAUCAUCAAUGGCUGUAACAAAGCUCUUUGUGCCAGUGAUGUCAGCAAAUGUCUUCUACAGGGUCUUUGUCAGUGCCGGCCGUCGGAGGGGAACUGUUCAUGCUGUAAAGAGUGCAUGCUGUGUUUGAGCUCUCUCUGGGAGGAGUGCUGCGACUGUGUAGGAAUGUGUAACCCAAGGAAUUACAACGACAGUCCUGCCACCUCCAAGAGCACCGUAGAAGAGCUGUACCGACCAAUCCCGUCGCUCUUCCGCGCUCUGACCGAAGGCGACGCCCCCAUUAACAUGAUGGUCGUGUCGUUUCCCGUUGCUGAGGAACUCUCCCACCACGAGAACCUCGUGUCUUUCCUAGAGACACUCGACAGCCAGAGUCACAACAUCUCGCCGCCCAGUAGCAGCGUCCAUGAUGAUGCCUUGUGUACGGUGGUCUACUUUGAUGAGUGCGUGUCCAUUCGUCAGUGUAAGCAGUACUGCGAGUCGAUGGGCGGAUCAAAGUACCGCUGGUUUCAUAAUGCCUGCUGUGAGUGCAUCGGGCCUGAAUGUCUGGACUACGGCAGUAAAGCCGUCAAAUGCAUGAACUGCCUCAUCUGAGAACUGAACAAAGACUCACUCUACACUUUAACUCGUGUUUUAUUGUGUAAAACACUUCUGACCUUUUCUGUUCUUGUUUACAGAUUGUAAACAAAAACAGGGUUUUUAUUAUGAUAUCAAUAUUGUUUGUGAAUUAUUACAGCAGCAUGCUGGGGUCGUUUCUCAUUCAGAUCAUAUUCCAUCUGUAUAUAGUUCUCAUUUCAUAUUCAUAUUUCUGAUUUGACUAUUAAAAACCGAAGUAAACUAUUGAUUUUUUUUUUUUUUUUUUUUUUUUUUUUAAACAUGAUGGUUUUAGUCUCCUGUCAUUUACUGAUCUGCUACUUUACUGUCGUCUGGUGAUUUUCAUUGUUGUACAACAUUUGAUUUGAUGAUCUGAAAUGAAAAAAGAUAUUUAAUCUGUAUUUGUGUCUCAAAUACUCGAAGUUUGAGUCAAAUGUUUUUUUGUUGUUGUUGUUGUUGUUGUUUUUUUUUUUUUUUUACAAAAUGCAUGUGUAUAGUUGACAAAUAACAUGAACAUUAACUAUUUUAUUCAACAACCAAAGUUUAGAUUGGACUGCAUUAAUUAACAUGAA